AUGAAUGGACUUGAGAUUCCAAUUAAGCUAACAUUUGAAGGACAAGUCGUUCCAAAGGAAGAUAGAGAAUGGACGGAAGAAGAAAAGAAAAAAGUGGAGUCAAAUGCAAAAGCAAUGAAUAUGGUGUAUUGUGCUAUAAGUUUUGAAGAGUACAAAAAAAUAUCCAGAUGUAAAUCUACUAAGGAAAUAUGGCAGAAACUUCAAGUCACUCAUGAAGGAACAAAUCAAAUAAGAGAAACUAGAAUCGAUAUGCUAAUGAAAGACUAUGAGUUGUUUUUCAUGAAAGAAAAAGAGUCUAUAGAUGAAAUGUUCAAAAGAUCUUCAAUCAUAAUCAAUAGACUCGACGCAAUGGGAAAACCAUUCACUGAAAAGGAGUUGGUUAGGAAGAUUCUAAGAAAUCUCACAAAGAAGUGGGAGACAAAAACUACUGCAGUACAAGAAGGAAAUAAUCUUAACCAAAUCACUUAUUAUGAGUUAAGAGGAAAGCUUCUAGCAUAUGAAACCACUCAUUUGAAGACAGAAAACAAGAAGAAAAGUGUUGCUCUGAAAUUGAUGGUUGAAACCGAAUCAGAUGAGAAUUUCCCCAGUGACAAUGAAAUAGUUUUCUUUGCAAGAAGGCUGAGAAAAAUGAUAAGAUAUAAAGGCAGAAAAAUAGGUUCUUCCUCUAAGGAGGACAAGAAAGAAAACAAAGAAAAUUGUCACUACUACAAAAAACUAGGACACUUCAAAUCUGAAUGUCCAAUGCUGAAGCGAAAAGAAGAAAGCAAGAAAGAAAAGAAGAAUGUUUUGAUGGCUACUUGGGAAGAUUUGGAAAAUGAUACAUCAGAUGAUGAUGAGGAUGUAUGUCUUAUGACUAAGUACAAUGAAUCCAAAAAUAAGGUAAAUCUUUAUGAUUGUACUGCCGAAGAAUUGCAUGAGAUUAUUGAUGAUUUAACUCAUAACUCUAGUAAACUUUUGUCCAAAUACUCUAAGUAUAAGAAAGAAGUCGAAGAUUUGAGAUAUGAGAUAUCUUCUUUGAAAGCAAAAUUAGAUAUUUAUUAUAGCACAUACAUUUGUUGUAAAUUUAAAAAACAAAAAUGA